AUGCAACCCCAAACUGCCUCCAACCUCAUCGACCCACCACCCUACGAAGAAACCCUCGACUCAGACAACGACUCCGACGACGAAGAAGACGUCGAACCGGGAAACGAAAGACUCGCCAAUCAACCCCUAACCCUCACAAUCAACACCGCCUCCAGCAUUCACGGCUGCAACAACCUCGUUCAAACACCCCCACCACCCUUCGCAGAAAUCACCAAACUCAGCACCUCUCUCUUGCAAGUCAUCCACCACAUCACUGCCCCCGACAUCUCAGCGUCUGCAACAACAACAUCAACAACGCAAGCUGUUAAACGCCCGAGAGCACUGAAAGUAGAUCUGACAAUCAACUGUGGCAUCACAGUCAUCGGGGACCGGAAUGUCAUCGGAGGGAUUGGAUUGAGGCAGAAAGGAAGUCCGGCCGUCGCUCCUGAACCGGGGUUCACGGCGGAAGCUUCUGUGGUUGAUGCUGCGAGUGGCGGGGCGAAGAGGAAGGCAGAAGAUUCUCCCGAGAGUGAAAGCGAGCCUUUGGUGAAGAGAGCUGCCAUUGAGACUUAG